UGCAGGCAGAGACCGUAAUCAGAGCCGCUUUCGGUCUUCUUGCUUUCGCUCAUCCACGAGUGCUCGACAGACGACGAGCUCUUACAAUUCGACACUCUCGCUGAGUCGCGUCGCACGCGUUCGUGCGACAACCACGCGAUGCGCUUUCACAGAUCACGGAGUUUUCGACGAACUUCCCUGUAUGUGGUGCUCCUGAUGCUUAUUCUGUUGGUGGUGGUGAAUUUUCUACAAAAAGAGGCAGCCAAUGGCUGCGGGGCCACCGAGGACGCUCACCCGUGUCUCGAGAAGCUCUUUCCGCUGGUUUUGAAGUCUCUCCAGUCGCUCGAUAUCUCACACUACCUCUGUUUCUACUCUCUCUGGGGAGCACUGAAAAUCGGAGAGCCUCUCCCGUGGACCAACCGGAUAGAACUCUGUAUCCAGAACGAGGAAUUGCUGGAGAAGGCCGACGAAGGCGCCGUCGUGAAGGCGUUUCGCAGGCACGGGUUGGAGGUGCGCUACGAUUCCCCUAACGGGCUGUACUAUGCGUGGCACGAUGCCGAUGUCCGCUGUCAAGUCUACUUGUACGUGUUCGAAAGCCAAGAGGGGUCCGCGUGGCGGGUCGGCUGGAAACAUCGACUCAAGAGCUCGAAAGUCUGUGAUGGGGGAACCUGUUUUCCCGCCCGUCUCAUCAAGCCCCCGCUCAAGCAGCUUGAUUUCAUGGGCGUGCGUGUGAAUGCGCCCCACGAAGAAUUCGAAAUCCAAAAGUAUCUCUAUCCGGACUCAUGGUGGAAGGAUGUCCGAGCACCCAACUGCUGACGCCGUAUAACCGCAACGAAGCAUCCGAGCGUUUCCCCCGCUCGCCUGCCACGAUACAAGAAGCUUCCGAUGUACAAGGAUCAAUUUAGAGAGAGAUUCCAUGCAAAGUCAAUGUCAAGAGAUGAAAAAAACUAUGAGCCGCUGAUGUUUGUACAGAUUGAUAUUGCGACCUUGGGAUCUCCCCAGCUUGGUUGAAACUGUAAAUAACUUGGUGCAGUGAUGUUUCG